AGUAUAAAAAUAUUUAUGGUUUACCGCGGUUGUGCAAUAACUUUGAAAUUCUCGUGUUCAAAAUAAUAAUAAUUCCUUAAAUUUGUGCACUUCGGAAUUAAAUUUAUAUUUGUAGAAUAUUUAUAGGUAUUCUUAUUGCAUUCAAUUGAAUGUAUUUGAUUGUAUUUAUUGCGUAAUAAUGUGAGAGUUUGCUAAAACACUUUUAAUUGUACAAACAAUUACCAAAUAAAUUAUUCUUAUUUGAUUAAUGAAUAAGAUGGAAAGCACAGGGAAAGUUAAAACUGCCGCGUCGCAUUUAUCACCAUUAUUUGCGGGUGCCACUGCAGGCCUGUCAGUGGAUGUGACGCUGUAUCCUUUGGAUACAUUAAAAACUCGGCUGCAGAGUCAGCAGGGCUUCUACAAGGCUGGUGGCUUUAGCGGAGUUUAUAGAGGUCUUCUAACCGUAGCGACGAGCUCGAUGCCCACAACUGCGCUCUUCUUCAUGUCCUAUGAGGCCACCAAGAGCGUGUUCCAACCCAUGGUGCUGCCACACUAUGCGCCACUCGUCCACAUGCUUGCAGCCAGCAUUGGGGAGACGCUUGCGUGUUUGAUACGAGUCCCCACGGAGAUUGCGAAACAGAGGAAACAGACGUACACGGGGACCGAGAAACGCAGCAGCAUCCGGAUACUGUUACAUGCGUUCAAAACCGAGGGUCUUCGCAAGGGUGUAUACCGCGGUUUCCUUUCGACGGUCGUUCGGGACCUGCCCUUCAGCUUUAUAGAACUGCCCUUGUGGGAGUUGCUGAAGACCAGUAUCAGAGACAGGAAUGAUGGCAAUAUAAGCAGUUUUCAGAGCGCCAUGUGCGGCUCGCUCGCGGGCGGGCUGGCCGCGGCCGCCACCACGCCGCUGGACCUCGCCAAGACCCGCAUCAUGCUGGCCGAGGACUACGCGUGCACCCGCAAGCUGCGGAUCAAGCCCGUGCUGUCGGACAUCUACGGGCAGGCGGGCGUGCGGGGCCUGUUCGCGGGCGCGGCGCCCCGCACCACCGCCUUCAUGCUGGGCGGAUUCGUUUUCUUCGGCGUCUACGAGCACUCCAAGGGGAUCUUUGACCGGUACUUCGAUAGAUAACACUGGUCUAUGAAAAAAUGGAUGCCGGUAAAAAAGCGGUGAUAUAGCAUAGUGGUUAAAACAACGGCCUUCCUUCCGAGGGUAGAGCUCGAUUUCCGGCGCGCACUCCGUACACUGAGUAAUGUGCGUUCUUUAUUCAUGCAAUAUUUUUGUUUAGUCGAAGUUAUACUUCUUUAGCAGCUAUAGGAAGAAAUCAUGGGAGUGAAAUUGUAAGAUGAAACGAAAUGCGCGCGCACAUGGUUACACGAUUUUAGCAGGAUGAAGGUAGUUGCGAAAACGAGUGAGAGGGGAAAACAUUGUCCGCCAGCUGACUUUUUACGACGUGCGCGCACACCGUAAAAAAAACCCGACAACCUGCAGUGAGCUGUGAGGUUUGACAGUGUACACUUUCAAUUGUCAGUCUGCGGGCUCAUUCCGGUGAUU